AUGAAGCUCACUUUCAGGGAUCUGAAGCAGCAGAAGUUUGUGAUAGAUGCUGAGCCCUCCGACAAGAUCUUAGAUGUCAAGGAGAAGAUCGCAUCUGAGAAAGGAUGGCCUGCAUCGCAGCAGAAGCUCAUAUACUCGGGCAAGAUUCUACAAGAUGACAACACAGUCGAGUCAUAUAACAUCGAGGAGAAGGGCUUCAUAGUAUGCAUGGUGUCCAAGCCAAAGGCCGCUCCCUCGGCUUCUGCGGCCUCCUCAUCCCAGACACCGGCUGCUGCACCAUCCGCUCCCGCUCCCACCACUCCCUCAGCUCCUACCCGUGCAAAUGCUCCCGCUUCAGAGACUCCCGCUACCCCUUCGCCUGCCGGAGGUGCCAGCUCAGGUGCCACAUUUAACGACCCAUCUGCUCUUUUGAUGGGUAACCAGGGCCAGGAAGCUAUCACACAGAUGUUGGCCAUGGGUUUCUCGAGAGGCGAUAUCGACCGUGCCAUGAGAGCUGCGUACUUCAACCCAGACCGUGCCAUUGAAUAUCUGCUAAACGGUAUUCCUGAAGAAUCCGAGAGAGCUCCUAGUGCCCCCGCUGCAGCAGGAGGCGCCGCCAGACCCUCCGCCGCCUCCGAAGAGCCGUCUGACGCGCAGGUCCAGGAAUCCCUAAAUCUCUUUGAACAAGCCGCCGCGCAAGCCAGCGGAGGCGGAGGUGCUCGUGGUCGUGGUGCUGGUGCCGGUGCUGGUGCCGGGGCAGGCGCAGAAGAAACCGCAGGCAGCCUUGGUAGCCUAGAGUUCUUGCGCAACAACCCUCAUUUCCAGCAGCUCCGACAGCUUGUCCAGCAGCAGCCGCAGAUGCUCGAGCCCAUCCUUCAGCAGGUUGGUGCCGGAAAUCCUCAGCUCGCUCAAUUGAUCGGCCAGAACCAGGAGCAGUUCCUACAGCUGCUCAGUGAGGACGUCGAUGACGAAACACAGCUGCCACCGGGUGCUCAGUCCAUCAGUGUAACGGAGGAGGAGAGAGACGCGAUUGAGAGACUCUGCCGUCUGGGCUUCUCUCGCGACUCCGUCAUCCAGGCUUACUUUGCCUGCGACAAGAACGAAGAGCUGGCAGCCAACUUCCUAUUCGACCAGCCGGACGAAAACGAAGACCAACAGUAG